AUGGCGGUGGAAGACGGCGCGCCCGCGGAGGUGGCGGAGAUGCUCAUGAAAGCCGACCGCGAGAGCAUAACGCGCAAAGACGAGCGCGGGCACCUUCCUCUGCACGUGGCGCUCGUGUACGGGCAGACGAACGACAUGGUACGGACGUUGCUCAAGGCGAACCCCGCCGCGUGCGCCGUCCCCGCCGAACGCGGCAGCUUCCCUCUGCACCUGGUGCUCAAUCCUCACUUCCCGGUGACCGUCGUGAAGGAAAUUUUAAAGGAGCACCCGAAAGCCGUCUUCGAGGCGAACAACGAGGGCCUGACGCCGCUGCACCUCGCGUGCACGCGCGGGAGCGUGGAGUGCGUCGAGCUCAUACUCAAGGCGAACCCCGCCGCCGCGGCGAUGUACGCGCGGAACAGGGGAUUGCCGCUGCACGUAGCCGCGUCGGCGGGGGCGUUGGGGCGUCUGGAUCCGAAAUCGGCGUCGGAGAUUUGCCAGGCGCUCGUGCACGCGUUUCCGGACGCCGCGACGCGCGUCGACGAGGAAGGGCGCCUGCCCAUUCAUCUCGCCGCGGAGAGCGAGACGGGGAAGGAGGUGAUCGAGACGCUGUACAUCGCGUUUCCCGGGGGGAUUCAUCACGUCGACGCGGGGGGUCGGUCGCCCGCGGAUCGCGUCCCGCGCGCCGAUAAGAUUCGUCUGCUCAUCGAGGGGAUGGACCCGCAGGACGUGAAGCGCGAGCGGGAGAAGCGCGAGGCGGCCGCGCGACGGGCGAAGAAGCCGAUGUACGCGGCGGCGGCGACGGGCGCGGGCGCGGCGGCGAAGAAGCGAAAGGGGAAAGGAGGAAAAGACGGCGACGACGCGAGCGGAAAGGAGGCGGCGGAGAGAUACCUCUCCGGCGCUGACGCGCUGUCGCUCGUCGCGCGCGUGUGUCAGGGCGCGUCGUCCGAUCUCGUGAGCGACGACCUCGCGUCCCUGAAGCGGUCGCUCCUGCGGUACGCCGACGUCGUCGACGACGAGCUCAGGCGUCGGCCGAUCGAGGAGGCGAUCAUCGCGCGUCGACCGGAGUGGAUGUGCCCGAUCGGGCACUCGAUCAUGCGCGACCCCGUCCUCGCGUCGGACGGGCAUCACUACGAGAGGAAGAAGAUCGAGACGUGGAUGCGGCGGUCGCGGAGGGAGACGAUCCGCUCGGACGAUUCCGACUUUGAGGGGGAGAACUCGGACGACGACGACGUCGCGUCCGACGACUCUUAUUCCGACGCCUCAGACACUCCGUCCGACUCCAACGACUCGUUCAGGAACCCGUACGUCAACAGACGCGGCAGAGGCGGCGGCGGCGGCGGCAACAGAGGCAGAGGUGGCGGCGGCGGGAACGGAGGCGGGAAGAAGAAGGCGGCGAGCAGGGCGCGGUGGAAAUCGCCGAUGACGAACGUGGACGUGAAGUCGUUCGAGAUCUUCCCCGCGGAGGCGAUGCGCGCGGAGAUCGAACGCGCGGUCGCGGCGGAGAUGGUCAAGGGCGAGGGCGAGGGCGAAGGCGAAGGCGAAGGCGUUGACGUCGAGGCGAGCCGCGCGGCGCUUCGCGGGAAAGCCGUUGCGAAUACGAAUAAGAAUAAGAAACGGCGGACGAAGUGAGCGCGUGCGUGGCAGAAGAAGCGAAGCGAGCGAUGGAAGACGAGCGGAGCGAGUCGCGUUUUGAACUGUACGAUACCUGUAGUUUGAUGAGUUGGAUGUGAUAAAUGAUCAAAACGUGAGUGGGGGCGCCCAGCCUAAUCUAUGGGGGCGCCUGUCGCCACGUGAGGUUGC